AGUAUUUUGGAGUAGAAAAUAUUCUUGUGGAUUGUCAGAGGUAGUAGUAUUUAUAAGUAUUAUUAUUGAAUUGUUAGUAAAUGACUUCUUUUUGCAUCAACAUCAAGUGUCAAACCCUAAAUAAGCCUCUACCUGAAGAAAACCUUGGUGUUCGGAACAGUUGCUCUCUUUCCAAAAACCAAAAUAAUUCACAGUAGACCUCUGCCUCCCAACUCACCCCCGUUACCUCAAGCCUGAACAACAAGAAAUCAGUCAGUCUCCCAAUGCCUAAAGGUUUUGGAUAAAGGUUUUGAAUCACCUGUUACUUCAGGAUUAAUAUUAUUCACAACUACUGAUGUCCUUACGUAGACCACCACUUCCUCGGCUUCUCCUUAAGAAUGUAGCUUGCAUGAGAAACGCCCAGCAAAUCCUCCGCCAUGUAAAUGUUUCUCUCCACGACGGUGGUGCCCUUGUACUGACAGGCGCUAAUGGCUCGGGAAAAACUACCUUUUUGCGCAUGUUAGCUGGUUUUGCAAAACCGUCGGCUGGUGAGAUACUCUGGAAUGGUCAUGACAUCACUAACUCGGGAGUUUUCGAACAGUACAAACUUCAGCUCAAUUGGCUCUCUCUCAAGGAUGCUGUGAAGGAGAAGUUCACAGUCCUGGACAAUGUUCAAUGGUUUGAAGUUCUUGAAGGCAAGCAGGGGAAGUCUUUGCCUGCAUUAGAACUCGUGGGGCUCGGGAGAUUAGCAAACGAGAAGUCGAGAAUGCUUUCCAUGGGACAAAGGAAGAGGUUACAACUCGCCAGGCUGUUGGCGAUUGAUCGGCCUAUUUGGUUGCUUGAUGAGCCUUCAGUGGCGCUGGAUGAUGAUGGCGUGAAAUUGCUUGAAACCAUUAUUGCUGAGCAUAGAAAGAAAGGCGGCAUUGUCAUUGUAGCCACACAUCUACCUAUUACAAUUGAGGAUGCCAUGCAUUUGAGGUUACCUCCAAGGUUCCCUCGAAGAAUGACAUUGGUGGAUAUGCUUGAUCGAGGCGGAUUGGAUUAAUACUAUGACAUCAAUAGCCUUUAGCUGUGAUGAAGGCACCUAAGUUUUAUUUCAGACACCUGAUUAACAAUCUUCAACAAUUAAAGCAAGUACUAGUUCUUUUGUUUCUUCUUUUAAAUAUAGAUACAAGAGUGUAGGAAGAAAAUUGCUAGAUUGAGGUGGAUUGCAAUAUAAACUUAAGCUAUUCUUGCUUUUUGGGUGAUUUCUAGAAUUGAAAUCCCUCUUUCUGUCUUAAUGAGUGUAAUUUUGAGUUUUUAAUGGGUAGUUGAAUAGGUGUCAAAUUUUGUUCCUGUUAGCCAAUAGCUUAUUGUAUAUGCAUGUAUUAGUGUGCUACAUGUUUGCUUUUA